AUGUUGACUGCAUCCGCUUUCAUUCUUCAAUGCUCCAAAAGACGUCACGUGCCCUUCUCUGGUCUUCCAACUAACCUCUGCCAGCUCCUGAAAGACCAUUGCAUUAUUGCAGCAAAGUUGUGUGGCUCCCUAAAGACCCCCAACAAGGGGCAUAACCCUGACUUUGAUAAGCACAUUUCGCACCUCAACUAUGCCCACCCGGGCAAGAGUUGCAUAUUUUUGGGAAAAUAUGAAAUAAAACGCCCUCACUUCAAGCCUUUUGUCGUUGCCCCACCAAUCGCCUCCCCACUCUCGGCCCAGAUCGGCCGCUCAUCCUUCACCACUGCCCUCCCAGGCCUCCCAUAUCGCUCGUUGCCCCCACUUAGAGCCCCCGAUACCCACCCACCAUGCACACUUCGCUUCAGUCUCCCCGGCCGGACGACAGAAGCCGGUCAACUGGUCGUCGACUCAGGCCGUAAACACUCUGACCCUGUGGAAAAAAGAAAAAAAUAUUGUUAUGGCAACUUGUAUCGCUCUUUAGGCAGGCACGAAAUCUCCCCUGCCUCUUCUCUGGGGAAAAAUAAAAGCGUCUUCGCUUUACAGUCACUGACCGAUUACGCGAACGAUUUCAAUUUCUACCGUCUUACUUCUCGUCGGCCAAUCUGCGUGAAGAUGGCAUCUCGGUAG